UAGAUCUGUUUACGUUAAGUAGCCAAGAUUUGCAAGAGCAGUAAUUUAGUGAUCUUGGAAAACAUAUUGGAAUGUUUUUCUGCAGUUACAUUCUUUAUUUAUUAUAUGUAAUUCAAAAAUUACAUUAAGAAUAAUGAAAGCCUUUUAUAUUUCAUUAUAAAUUAUGUGCGUUUUGACGCUUUUAUAUUUAAGUCCUAUUUUAAAUAUCGUGAAUGGAUUUCCUAUUUUAUUAAUAAUUUGAAAAAAUGGUGCGCCAUUCAGAUACAGCAGUUACUUGGUGUGCCAUUUAAAAAGUUUUUCCUGUUAUUUAUUUAUGUGAAUAUUAACCAGGUAGAUUUUUUUUUUUUUUCUUAUUUCGUAAUACACCGAUUUUGUUCUUAAUUUUUUUAUUCUGUAUUUUAUUAGCAUCCUGUAUUUCUUAUACAUGCUACAAAUAAUAAGAAUAUCUUUUCCUUAUUUUUUCAAUGAAUUUUGAAAAUAACAUUAACUUCUAUAUGAAAGAAUAUUAUUUGCUUCGUGAUUUAAAAUUAAUUUUAUUGAGCAUUAUUUUCAAGUUCAAUAUAAUAUAAGUGAAGCGGUUAGUUUAAAUACUGCAUUUGUUAAUAGAAUCUUUAUUUUACUCUUCAAGAAUAUGGAUACUUCUGAAUUAUGGCAUGUAAUGCCGGAUCCCGUACUCUUGUAUAUAUUUUCAUAUUUAAGUGCCAAAGAUUUAUUGAAUGUUCGUAGAACUUGCAAGAACUGGUUGAGGUUAGCAAGCGAUCAGUUCCUGUGGAAGAGGUUGUUUCAUGUGGAUUUUAAAAUAGACAGAAGCAUUCCGAUUGCUCCCGGUAAAAAUUCGUGGCUUAGUGAAUAUAAAAGACUCAAGUAUCAUACUCCUAUGCAGCAAACAGAAGUAUUAGUUGAACAUACACAUCAGGUUCUUCAUGUUAGUUUUUCACAUAAUGGCGAAAUGUUUGCCAGCAGUUCUAAAGAUGGGUACAUUAAGGCUCAUCAUGCCCGAUUAUGUUGCAAUUUGACAAGAAAUUUUACUCUUCAGUGUCGAGUGCUUAACAAGCCUUAUGACAUAUUUGGUACGUGGUACACUGAUGAUUAUUUGUUAUCUGGUAGACUACAUUUUUUGGGGCAUUUGGUUUCAUGUUCAGCUUUAUGGUUAAAUAAGGCAUGGCAAGAAUCUGAAUCUGAAAAAAAACCUAUUAUUAAGCGUCUGUUUAAAUUUUACAAUCGGAAAGCCAGCUCUAUACGUACAAUCACAGUAGCAAAUUGCUUCACCUCAGAUUCUAAAAUUGAUGUUUUAAAAGAUCCUCAGGCAUCUCACUCCUCUUCAGAAGUUGUAGUCCAUGGAAAUCCUGUAUCUCGUGAUGCUUUGAAUGUUGCACCAUGGCCAUCAGGAAGAAGUCGCACUUUAGAACUAGCAUCUGGUUCAUUUCCUCAGGAUAUUAAGGUGGACUUCACUGCGGAAAGUAAGGAAGCGUGUACUAUGGAUAGUCCUAUUCGUUAUAGUCAAGAGUAUCGUCGUGCUGAAAGUGCUGAAAUUGCAUCCGAGUCAAGUGAUGAUGAUGAUAAUACAAGUUCUGAUUUUGAAGAUCCUUUAUUACCAUGGGAUGAAGAAUGGAGUGGCUUGAGUGAGGAUGAAUCUUCACAGAUACGCCAUGUCAGGGUUUCUAGAAAGAGUAGAACUGCAGUUGCACGAGAAGAUAAUUUAAUGUCAUCUUUACGAAAUGAUGAUGAAGAAAGUGAUCAUGAAACUGCAGAUAGUUUAGAAGAAGAUACAAGCAUUGAGAAAAUACUUGAUCCAAGAGAAAAGUUCCUAAUUUUUACUACUGGCUCCUUAACGUACACUCCUCAUCAAAUAGGUUUUAAAAGAAUCAAGCCUUUUAAAUUUGCUGAAAGAGUAACCGAGACACCUACCUUAAUGCAGAGGCUUGCAGAGAGGCAAGAAAGAAACCACGCACCUACUAUUUCUCCCAACUGGCUUGAUGAGCAAAGUGUCAUGCACUUCUUUGAUAAAAUCGAUCAUGUUAUUGACCUACAUGGGCACAUUAUUGGAAUGGGAUUGUCUCCUGAUCACAGAUACUUAUAUGUAAACAGUAGACCAUGGCCUCAGAAUUAUGUGAUAGAAAAUCCUUUAAGUCCACCUCCAAUAGCUCAAGAAAUUGACAUUCAUGUGAUUGACCUAUGUACAUUAAAAGAAGUAGGUACUAUGCUACGGUCACAUAAGGCAUACACACCAAAUGAUGAGUGCUUCUUUAUAUUUCUGGAUGUGAGUGAUCAGUAUGUGGCCAGUGGUGCUGAAGAUAAACAUGGCUAUCUAUGGGAUCGGCAUUAUGGGAAUUGUCUUGCAAAAUUGCCUCAUUCUGAUGUUGUUAACUCUGUGGCAUUUAAUCCUCGAGAUCCUGAGAUGCUUGUAACAGCCAGUGAUGAUUUCACUCUCAAAGUGUGGAGGUCAAAAAAUCGAGUGAAGGAAUUAAAUAUAUCAAUGGACCAUGAAAUGGAAUGGGACUUUAUAAAUGAAUUAAAUGCUCGCCCCUGAUAAGACUUUUUUUUUGUUUAAUAUGGUAGAACUUAAGAAGAAAGAGAAAAAAGAAGAAAAAAAAAAGUAGAAAAUAUGUAAAAAAAUACUGUUUUGAUAUAGUUUUAUGUUGUAUUGCUCCAUUUUUUUUUUAAAUUACUUAAAUGUCUGAUUAAUUUUGUAGUUUUAGACCUGUUAAAAUUGUUGGAAAGAUCUGUGAAUAUGAAAUUAUAAAUAUAUAGGAAUAACAAAUACCAUAGUUAUGUUAUAGGUAUCAUAGUUAAAAUAUAUGUUAUUGGAAUUUUUAUGGUUUUACUAUUUGUUUCUGAGUAUAGUUGCUACUUUUUUUUUUUUUUUUUUUUACUAA